UUGAUUGUAUACACCUGUGUCCAUGGGGGGGAUUGGAACACCUGAAUCACAUGAUUGGGAGGGGAUUGGAACACCUGAAUCACAUGAUUGGGAGGGGAUUGGAACACCUGAAUCACAUGAUUGGGAGGGGAUUGGAACACCUGAAUCACAUGAUUGGGAGGGGAUUGGAACACCUGAAUCACAUGAUUGGGAGGGGAUUGGAACACCUGAAUCACAUGAUAUGGAGAGGAUUGGAACACCUGAAUCUAAUGAUUUGGAGGGGAUUGGAACACCUGAAUCACAUGAUUGGGAGGGGAUUGGAACACCUGAAUCUAAUGAUUUGGAGGGGAUUGGAACACCUGAAUCUAAUGAUUUGGAGGGACGGCCCAAUACUUUUGGCAAUAUAGUGUACUUU